GUGGGUGAUUGUCUAUGUUUAGUUCCCUGUGUCAGCACUAUUAUUAUAAUAUAGCGUCACAGUGUUUUUGUAAGUUUAAGUUUCUUCAUUUCAUUAAAGAUGUAUUCUCAUCACGCUGCGCCUUGGUCUCAUCGCUAUAACGGACGUGACUUCAACUGUAGGUCUAGAAUGUGAAAGUAACGGGAAAAAGCUGCACAACAAAGUUAUUUUUGGAUAGGCCAACAACAACAACAAACGUACCAUGUUUCUAUAAAGUGCUGAAGUUGAUGUCAAGGACAGGGACUGGACACAUGCUGAAACUCUGAAGACAAGCUACUGCUCCUAUCAAUAACACUUCCUGUGCUUAUCGUGUGUCUGUGAAGACAGGAGGCUCCAUCACCAUCCCAUGUCGCUAUGAUCUGAUAUACAAAAUGCAUGAGAAAUACUUGUGUAAAGUAGAUUAUUUGGUUAGAUGCUCCCCUGAUGUACAUUCUAAGAGCAUAAAUAAGGCCUCAAUCUCUCAUUACAUCAACAAGCAAACCUUCACUGUGACCAUGACUGAUCUGAGGACAGAGGACUCUGGACGUUACCGCUGUGCUGUGGAGAUCAAUGGUGGAUCAGAUGUCAUUAUAAAAACAUUCCAACUAUCUGUCACUCCAGGUACUCCAGAACUGUAUGUGGACCAACAGAAAGUGACUGGAGUUGAAGGAGGGAGUGUCAUUGUAAAUUGUUACUAUCGUGACACUGUAAAUAUUAAGUGGUGCAGGAUUGGUGGCAGUGUCUCCUGUAUGGAUGGGAAUUCUGGGACUAUAAGUGAAACAUCAGUGACUCAACUGCAGACCACUGAUGCCACCAGAAGAAAUGUCUUCAUGGUGACUAUGAGUGGACUGAAGACGGAGAACACUGGCUGGUACAGGUGUGGAGUGGGAGACCUUGUAAUGCCUGUUCACAUCACUGUCAGACAACAAACCACCACACAAAGUACCACCACUAUGACCAUAACCCAAGCUCCAACCACUGAACAAUCCUCUUUCUCUCCAACUGCUGAGCCUGUUCAGACUGACAACACAGUCCAAGGACCUGGGGGGGGCAAGGAGAAGGUCACCAUGAGUUCUAUAGAUCUAAAUGUCCUACUGAUUCCUCUGGGCAUGUUGGUGGUGGUGAUAGCUGGUGUUCUAGUCACAUGGAAGAUGUGGAGAAAGUAUAAGGACAAUAAGGCCAUAGACCAGACAACAAACACCUCAGUGCAGGACCCAUUUCCUGCCGAUGAUGUGAUGUACAGCACUGUUGUCCCCAAGAGGAGGAACCAGCUAAAUGUACAGACCAAGGGACAACCAUAUGUGGUCUACAGCUCACUAGUCCUACACCCCACAGAGGGCAGCAACACAGCAGUGACUGACUGAGUGAAGAUCUUGGUCCUAAAGAGCCCUUAUCCUGGAAAGAAAGACCAUUCCCCCUCCUGUGUCACAACAUGAGUCAUGACCAUCUAUCUGCCUCCAAUAUGCUACUGCCCACACCUCCUAACCCACCUGUCUCAUUGUGUCCAUAAUCUACUGAAGACGGUCUACUGUGCUCAUUUUUAUUAGCCCUUUUCAAUAACCUUUUCCCUUGUAACUGAUCAUGAUCAAAUGUGUAUAUUAAAUGUACAAAAUAAAUAGCUGUUGCUGAAUGCAAAA